UGUCGAAGCGUAUUUUCGGUAUAUAUGGAAAAGGGGACGCAUCUGGCCUAACAUAAAAGCGUUAAUGGCCACAGGAAAUUGUUUCAUAUCCUGUGAAGACACAGAGUGUACGUACAUAUACGACGCAAACUGCUGUGUCAACAUCUGACAUUCUCCUACUGGUCAGAUUUGUGUGUACGUCACGCGUCUGGCUACGUUGUUGAUUCAGGUGUAAUAAAAGAGAAUUGAGGGGAGGGGUUCCAUGAGGUGGAUUUGCCAACAAGAUACCGCGUCGUCUGCACGUCUGGUCAUUUCCCCAUUAAUGAACGUGAAAUAAGACUACGUCGUCACACGUUAUCAUCACGCAAGUCCAGCCCUUGAAAUUGUGUCUUGUCUUGUGGUGAUGUGAGGUGGAUCUAUCGGCAUCCGGCGCAUCCGUUUCAUCCUCAUCCGCUCCAAGUGACCUCUGUGAUCGAUCCCAGCUACCAACUCCCAUUUUACGUUGUUGUGUCACCCAUCUGAUUUUGUUACACACACACACACACACACAGUGAGAAAUUCGAAUGCUGGUCCGUCCAUUUCUGGUUCCGUCUCGCGAGAACAUGCGACUAUGCAGCAUCCCGCUAGAGGCGACAGCAGCGCGCUCUUUUCUCUGCUAUCCAUUUGACGAGUGCACAGUAGUCGGUCGGACGUCAACUUUGCCGAGCGCCGUAUUCUAGUUCUAACCUUUCUCCUCCUCCUCCUCCUCCUGCUCACGCACCGGAGCCAGAGCGAGAGAGAGAGAGGGGCACACAACAAAAUAAAACGCGUCCAUUAACAGUUUGAAAUCUUAUCAACGAGUUUUUGCUCUUAAACAGUUUCGUUUGCAUUUUUUUUUUUUUUAUCUUCGGGACUAUCGUGAAAAUUAGACUGAAAAAAGUGAUCUGUGAUCAUCGACAACAACACGUUAUUUUAUGGCGAAUGUGUUUUCUUUCACUUUGUUUUUAAACAAUUGGCCGAAUUAUUGUGAGAAAAGACUAAAAAAAAGUUACUUACGAAAUAACGAACGCCCAGCAAAAGAUGAUGGGACUUUUGAUUCGGUUAUCGGGCGGACAGGUUAUUACAAACGGUCGACGAUCGUAAGAGCCGAGAAAGUGUUUAAAAGAGAGAACUGAAAAGCCGACGCUUCGUCCCUCCUUUACACCACAUUUCGUUAUAUACCUAUCGAUCGGCCAAUGACGCGCCAACGGCAAUCGUGGCAGCAGCUGAUGGUGGUGGUGACUGCUGGAAUGACAUUGACGUUGAUGCUGACAACGUCCGUUUUCCCUUGCGACGGUGCCGCUCCCCCUGCUGGACCAUCGUCGUCCGCUGCCGGUGUCCACGAUGCUGCAGGUCUUUACUGCGACUUUGAAGAUCAACAGUGCAGAUGGCAAUGGUCGCGGUUCGUCCGGCGGUCAGCGACAGAAAUCAACGCCACCAUCUACACGGCUCCCGAUCCCGCCAUGAUUAGCGGUCCACUAGACGACGCUGAUGGUAGACCUACAGGUCAUUUUCUUUACGUAGCCGGGGCAAUGGACAACCCGAAAGCGAUUGAAUUGUCUUCACCUUGGUAUCAAGAAUCCGGUCCUUAUUGCAAACUGUCUGUGGCACUCCACAUGAACAACAUGGAGGACGGUAACUUGAAGAUCGUUGUCGAAACUCGCAAUCACACGUGGGUUAUCGUCGAGACGCUUGGCAACGGCCUUCGGGAGUGGAGGACGCUAACACAAAGCGUAGGAAGAAUCAGCCAGCCUUUCCGGCUCAAGUUGGAGUUUACCGACGGAAAAAAGAUUCCAUCCCACGCAGCCGUCGAUAAUAUCCGCCUCCUUUCUUGCCUCACAGAAAUCCCGCCCAAUGGUCAUUGCGACUCGGCCAAACGAGCGUUCCGCUGCGAUGAUGGACGAUGUCUACCGCGUGACCAGGUCUGCGAUAUCAGUAAAGAUUGUCCAGGUGGUGAGGAUGAAGACCAAGAUUGCGAUCAAGUCUUGGAAGGAUCGCGUUGUGAUUUCGAACGAGGAUGGUGCGGUUGGGUGAACACGCUGCGUGACGAUUUGGAUUGGAGACGACACAACGGAUCGACACCUACACCGCAAACAGGCCCGGGUCACGACAACACGUACAAGAACAGCACGGGGAUGUACGUUUAUGUCGACAUGUCUGAAACGAGACAACUAGGCAACGCCGCUGUUCUCCAGAGCACUCGCUUUCCACCCCCGCCAAAGUAUCAUAGCAAUCCGGCUUCACCUUACUUUAAUUCCUGCCAGAUCCGAUUCUUCUACCACCUGUACGGCCCGCACAUUGGAGAUUUGGUGGUUCGAAUUGUCGAAGAAGAUCCGCGUUACGGCCGCGACAACAAAUCGACUGACAUUUGGCGCGAGUCACGCAACAUGGGCGACAUGUGGCACAGGGCAGCUGUCCCUCUUCCGCCUAUCAAAAAUUGGUACACGAUUCAGUUCAUUGGUAAAAGGGGCAUCCGCUUUCGAGGCGAUACGGCCAUUGAUGACAUUUCCCUCAGUCCGGAAUGUUCCGGCAUUGGUGUUCCAAAAAACGAGACGGCCGGUUGGCCACCGGAUCCUGCCCAUUACGACGAACCAAAGUUUAUUCGUUACGUAUUGACGAGUUGUGGAGCCAAGGGGCGAGUAGGCCCGCAUCAAAAUCAAUGUACCAAUGCCUACCAGGACAGUGUGACUCAAGUACAGGUACUCAGUCAGGGCCGUCUAUCUGGCGUUCAAGUCUGGACGGCCCCAGUUACUGGAUUGUACACGAUCAUCGCUAAAGGAGCUAGCGGCGGUCUAGGACCUGGCGGUUCCGGUCCAACCGGAUCACCUGGUUUGGCCGGCUACGGCGCCCGCGUUCGGGCGGUUUUCCCUUUUACCGCUGGGACCCAAAUUUACUUUUUGGUCGGGCAAGAAGGAAUUGCUGCUGUCCGAGAUAAACCCAAAGACAACCACAAUCGCAAUUCAACCGAAACGGGUGGCGGUGGGUCGUCCAAUGGCGAAACUCGACGCGGCGGAGCGUUGGAACGAGUCCGCGGCUUACACAACGCCUCAAAUGGAGCCCACGGAUCGGGCAACGGUGGCGGAGGAGGUGGCGCCACAUUCGUUUUUCAGAUGGAUAGCCAAGGCAUCCCGAUUCCGUUGAUGGUGGCGGCGGGCGGAGGCGGGAUUGCAGCCAUUGGGCGCUUUAGUCCCCGUCCGGCAGAUUUGUCACUUGUGCAUGGUAAAGGAUUUAACAGCUUUCUCCCGCGACCGGGGAUGUCAGGCCAAGGCAACUUUAAAGGCGCCGGCGGCGGGGGUGGCUGGAAUGGAAGUGCAGAGACGGAAGCUGUUGGAUUUUCGUUACUGGAAGGCGGUCUCGGCGGUUUUUCUUGUAAUUCCAAAGCUGAAUGGCCUACGUACGGCGGAUUUGGCGGAGGCGGUGGUGGAUGUACUAACGGCGAAGGAGGUGGAGGUGGCGGCUACAAUGGCGGCAACGCUGUAGCCAAUUCGAGCGGAGAAGGGGGCUACUCUUUCGUCUCCCUCCUGGCCAUCGAAAGGCUGACGGAUGUGGAAGAAGGUCAAAAUGCUGGACCAGGAUCGCUAGACGUCAUGCCAGCCAUUGCAGAAGGCUGCGGAUGCGAACAAUUAUGUAUUGUUCUCGAUCCUUCCCUGGAAGAGAAACAAUGCGUCUGCCCGAUAGCCUCUGCAGGCGAAUGGCCUACUGAAGACAAUGUUACUAAAUGCGCCGGUUUCAAUAGCGAAACUGGUUUAUUGGGUACUCCACAUCUGAUCGGUACCGUCGUGGCGGCCAUUUUGAUCUUUGUCAUUUUCAGCAUCAUCUGUUUCUGUUUGUAUACGCGAUACCAACGUCAACAAUUGGCCGCUUUACGGAGAAAAGCUAUGGCAGCGCCAGAGUUGCAACUGAGCCGAUUGCGAGGGCCUUCGUCCUCGAUGGUAUCCGAAUACAAUCCCAAUUACGAGUUUGGUUCCGGCGCUCCGUGCUCCGUCCAGGGUUUGAAGGAAAUCCCUCGCGAGAACUUGAGACUCGUCAGAGCUCUAGGGCAGGGAGCCUUUGGCGAAGUUUAUCAGGGUUACUUGCGUCAUGUCGCCGGAGAUACAGUCGAGAUGCCCGUCGCCGUCAAGGUUUUACAGACGUUACCCGAGUUGUCAUCCAAUCAAACCGAAAUGGAUUUCUUAAUGGAGGCCAUCAUCAUGUCGAAAUUCCAUCACGCAAACAUUGUCCAUUUUAUCGGAAUUUGUUUCGAUAAACAUCCGAGAUUCAUCGUGCUGGAAUUGCUUUCCGGUGGCGAUCUCAAAACUUUCCUUCGAGAAUCCAGGCCUAAACCGGAACGUCCUUCAACGCUGACGAUGAGGGAUUUGCUUAAAUGCGCCCUCGACGUGGCUAAAGGAUGUCGUUACUUGGAAGAAAAUCAUUUCAUCCAUCGAGACAUCGCUGCUCGUAACUGUUUGCUAACAACCAAAGGACCAGGACGAGUAGUGAAAAUCGCUGAUUUCGGAAUGUCCAGAGACAUCUAUCGGGCGGAUUACUAUCGUAAAGGAGGAAAGGCCAUGUUGCCCGUCAAAUGGAUGCCACCGGAAGCUUUUCUUGAAGGAGUCUUCACCUCGAAAACGGACGUUUGGUCGUUUGGUGUCCUAUUAUGGGAAGUCAUGUCGCUUGGGUACAUGCCCUAUCCGGGUCGAGGUAACCAGGAGGUGAUGCAGUUGGUCACGGGUGGCGGACGUUUAGAAGCUCCUCCAGGCUGCCCUGGCCCGGUUUACCGGAUCAUGGUUCACUGCUGGCAUACCAAUCCGGAAGAACGACCUUCGUUUGUCACUGUCCUUGAGCGGAUUGGCUAUUGCAUGCAAGAUCCUGAUGUACUGGCCAUGCCCAUCCCCGUCUUCCAGAGACCGUUAUCACAGGAACGUGACACCACAAUUGUAAGACCGCCAGCAGGGGCGGAUACCAGCGAUUGCUUGCGGGUAUUGCGCCCUCGUACGAGUAGUGGCAAUUUGCUAACCGGAACAACAACGACCGCUGGAGCCACUGGUCCGUCUUCAUCAACGAACACGAGCGAUUACUUGAUUCCCAUUGACGAAUAACCGUUCGUCCAGCGCGGAUUUGGUUAGUGAUUCAACAGGAAGCAUUGACGGUGCCAGACGUCCAUCCGGGUCGGAUCAAUGCGGUUACUGGGAAACGUCAUUCACUCGCGAAGGAGUCAAAGCUAUCGCCCGGGGAGAAGUUGUCCCGGACAGUAACGGAAGCGCUGGCAACCUGAGCUUAGGGGAUUUGAGAUCCGGCAGUACUAAGCGACGCUCCAAGGGUUACGCCACCGUUCCGACAUUUGAAGCACCCACUUUAAGCCAAUCGCAGUCGAGUCAACCAUUGCUGGACACUCCUCCUGAUUCGCCAACGGCCACAGACGAUGGCCCUAACUCGUCGUCUCUAAACGGAAGGGCCAGCAACGGAGAUGUUCUCGGUCCUUUGGACGCGACGACUUUAUGUCGCCAAUCUUACGCCAACGUCCGUAUUGUAAAUCCAGCUGCAGCAACGUCAUCUAUUGGGAACAGCAAUAGCAGUACACCUUCACGCGCCACCCCUCCAACGAAAGCUGAACGCUCUGUCAAGCAAAAUGAAAUCAGCUGUUAAACGAAAAAAAAACAAAAACAAACA